GGCCGGCGCCCUCCCCCUCAGGCCGCGCGUUCCCGGGCAGUCUGCGCGAGGGCCGAGCCCGGCCGGCGGCCCCUCCGUCUUCUCUGCUUCUCCGCUCUACGUCGUCCCGGCUCCCGGGGGAUGCCCCGGACCAGGUUCUCCUCAUGGCUGCCGACGUUUUCAUGUGUUCGCCGCGUCGGCCCCGUAGUCGGGGCCGCUCGGUGCUGCUCAAGCCUCCGGUGCCGGAGGACGACGACGACUCGGACACAGACGAGCCGUCUCCGCCGCCCCCCUCCGGCGCGGCCACUUCAACCCGGGGCCACGCGAGCGCCGCGCCGCUGCCGCCUCGGGCCGGGCCGGGCCGCGAGGAGCCUCCGCGCCGACAGCAGAUCAUCCACAGCGGCCACUUCAUGGUGUCCUCUCCGCACCGCGAGCACCCGCCCAAGAAGGGCUAUGAUUUCGACACGGUCAACAAGCAGACGUGCCAGACCUAUAGCUUCGGCAAGACCAGCUCCUGCCACUUGUCCAUCGAUGCUUCGCUCACCAAGCUCUUCGAGUGCAUGACCCUGGCCUACAGUGGGAAAUUAGUGUCUCCAAAGUGGAAGAAUUUCAAGGGUCUGAAGCUCCAGUGGCGGGACAAGAUCCGGCUCAACAAUGCCAUCUGGAGGGCAUGGUAUAUGCAGUAUUUGGAGAAGCGCAAGAAUCCCGUGUGCCACUUUGUCACCCCACUAGAUGGCUCUGUUGAUGUAGAUGAACACCGUCGGCCAGAGGCCAUCACCACAGAGGGCAAGUACUGGAAAAGUCGCAUUGAGAUUGUGAUUCGGGAAUACCACAAGUGGAGAACCUACUUCAAGAAAAGGCUACAGCAGCACAAGGAUGAGGACCUUUCUAGCCUGGCCCAGGACGAUGACAUGCUGUAUUGGCAUAAACAUGGGGACGGCUGGAAAACCCCAGUCCCCAUGGAGGAGGACUCACUGUUGGACACAGACAUGCUCAUGUCGGAAUUCAGCGACACCCUCUUCUCCACACUCUCUUCACACCAACCAGUGGCCUGGCCCAACCCACGAGAAAUAGCACAUCUGGGAAAUGCAGACAUGAUCCAGCCAGGCCUGAUCCCUUUGCAACCCAACCUGGACUUCAUGGACACCUUUGAGCCUUUCCAGGAUCUCUUCUCCUCCAGCCGAUCCAUUUUUGGCUCCAUGUUGCCUCCUCCCCCUUCGUCAGUUCCUGCUCCAGAUCCUAGCAGCCCACCUUCUCAGGGGAACAUCUUGCCAAAUACAGCUCUCCCUCCUGUGAGCCUCCCCAGUAGCCUCAUUACAUCUUCUGCAGCCCCCUCCCUGGAUCCCACAGAGGGGCAAGGUUGUAACCGCACGUCCCAGCCCGUGGAUCCGUUUAUUCAGCCUGCAGACUUUGGUCCCUCUGAGCCACCAUUGAGUGUCCCACAGCCCUUCCUCCCGGUCUUUACUAUGACCUUACUUUCCCCUAGCCCUGCCCCAGCGCCUGUCCCAACAGCAUUGCCCUUAGUUCCUCCGCCUGCCCCUACUCUGAACCCCCCAACUCCACCAGCUUUCCUGCAGCCACACAAGUUUGCUGGAGUCAGCAAAUCAACCCCUGUAAUUACCCAUACAGCCUCUGCAACCCUUACCCAUGAUGCUUCUGCCACCACCUUCAGUCAGAGCCAGGGCCUUGUUAUUACAGCACACCAUCCCACCCCUUCCUCAUCUCCCUGUGCUCUGGCACUGUCACCUGUACCCCAGCCACCAGCUGUGGGACCUCCCCAACCUCAUUUAGCUUUUAUACACCCCAAACCUGUGUCCUUGACUGGAGCGAGACACAAGCAGCCCCCCAAAAUAGUGCCUGCUCCCAAACCUGAGCCUGUCUCCUUGGUGUUGAAGAACGCCUGCAUCGCUCCAGCUGCCUUCUCAGGCCAGCCACAAAAGGUGAUCAUGACAUCAACUCCUCUGAAGAGAGAAGGAAUUCUAGCAUCUACUGUGUCCCCAUCCAAUGUGGUCAUUGCCUCUGCUGCCAUCACCAGGGCUUCUGGAGUCACAGAGUUCCUCAGCCACAGCACGAGCAGCCAGCCUAACCCUGUCUCUCGACUCUUUUCUCCGAGUACAGUGCAAGACUCUCUGGUGAAGGGCGAGCAGGUCUCACUGCAUGGGGGUAGUCCCCAGGUCCCUGCCACGGGCUCUAGUCGUGACUGCCCCAACUCAGGCCAAGCCUCUCCAUGCCCAUCAGAACAAAGUCCCAGUCCUCAGUCUCCCCAGAACAACUGCUCAGGGAAAUCUACAGACCCCAAAAAUGUGGCUGCAUUAAAGAACCGGCAGAAGCACAUCUCGGCUGAACAGAAAAGGCGUUUCAAUAUCAGGAUGGGCUUUAACACUCUGAAUAGUUUGAUCUCCAAUAAUUCCAAGCAGACCAGCCAUGCCAUCACACUGCAGAAGACCAUGGAGUACAUCACCAAGCUGCAGCAGGAGCGGAUGCAGAUGCAAGAGGAGGCCCGGAGGCUGCGGGAGGAAAUUGAGGAGCUUAAUACCACCAUCAUCUCCUGCCAACAGCUGCUACCUGCCACAGGAGUCCCCGUCAACUGCCGCCAGUUUGACCACAUGAAAGACAUGUUUGAUGAAUAUGUGAAAAGCAGGAUCCUGCAGAAUUGGAAAUUCUGGAUUUUCAGCAUGAUCAUCAAGCCACUGUUUGAGUCUUUCAAGGGGAUGGUGUCCACCAGCAGCUUGGAGGAGUUCCACCGGACGGCCCUUUCCUGGCUGGACCAGCACUGCUCUCUGCCUGUCCUCAGGCCAAUGGUCCUGAGUACCCUCCGACAGCUGAGUACCACCACCUCCAUCCUGACAGAUCCAUCCCAGCUGCCAGAGCAAGCAUCAGAGGCUGUUACCAGGAUUGGCAAGAGAUCGGGGGAGUCCUAAGCUUAGUUGGCAUGUGGCUGCAUGAGAUGCCUGGAGAUCCCCCUCAUACCCUUCCUGACAGCGCCUCAGGGCUGCUCUUGACUCCAGUGGCCCAUUGCACCUGUCAGGAUGCUGUGCUCAGGUCUGAAGCAGGUUUGAGGCCUGCCAACAGCAGUAUCCCAUCUUGGGAACCUUUGCUGUGACCUCCUACUCCGUGACCUCAAUCAUCAGUCUCCCCUGCAUUUGGGGUGGCCCAGACAAAGGGAAACAUCGGCUGUUCCAGUCCUGUCUGCCUGGUGUGGUGUCGGGGUCCAGGGCCAGCAAGUGCAAGACAAGGAGACAAAGCCUGUUCUGCAGCUGGGACCAUCCAGUCCUUCAGGACUCCUUUCUUGAGACUUCAUGACUUGGCCCUCGUCACAUCCUAUCCUCUUGUGCUCUUCUGGCAGCCCUUGCACACUCCUUGGCCUCUGCAGCAGCAGUGAAGUCCCUCCAUCUCUGGUGACUCCAUCAGCACUAAUCCUCUGGGUCACUGUUCCAACCUCUGCAGAAAGGAAUGUCCCGCCUCCCUAGUGUAUUCUAUUGAAGGGGAAAUCUUCUCCACAAACCCCUGAGCACACAUGGAAAAUAAUGGGUGUGGAGGCCAACUGGACAGGAUGAAGGCACCAGCCAUGCAGAGCUGCUGUCCUGGCUCAGACACUCCCUGGGCAAUGUCUAUGUCUUAGUCCUGUCUGCAUUGCAGUUGCCGUGACGGUUCAACAUUGCCAGGGCCUUGACCUAGAGCCUCUGAGGCCUCACAACUGGGGCCCUUCUGUGCCUGUUCUCCCACUUCUACUCUACAGUUGUGGGAGAGGCAGAUACACUCCUGGGAUGGGGUCACCCUUGGUUUUAGCAUUCAAAGGUCACACUCCAUGAUGCUGCUGUCAUCCUGGUCUUUUAUCUGAAGGUUAGCUGGAGCUCUAAACCAGAACAGUUCUCAGACCAAAGAUGUCAUCAUACUAAAGUCUGUCUCAUCUUGUAUGAGGAGGAAGAAACAAAAUGCUGUCAGGCAAGAUGUCAAGAGUCAGCCUGUGAAGGUGCCUCCAGGCUGAAUGGGAAAGUGCUGUGCUCAGAUUUGAACCAGUGGAGUUUGGAGGGUGGCACGUGACUGAAGGUUCGAGUGUCCCAGUGUAUGUUAUGGUAGAGACACGGAAAGGUUAGGGGAAGGGGGGCCCUGACCCUCAUCCUUGUCUUUGCUGGAUGAUGAUGGUGAUGAGGUGCUCUCUGCAGCACCCAGGGAGCCUGCCCGGGAAAGGGUACCUCCCGGAAGAAUGUGCUUUGUACCCUGCGGUGGCACCUGGAGCAGGCAGCAGGCUUUCUCUUGGACUCUGUCCUGGCCCUGCCUCACCAUGCUGCCUGUCCUGAGAAGACCACAUGAAGAGGGGAGCCCAGGAUGUCUCCUGAAUUUCUGAUCCAUUCGGAAGCUCCUGCUGAUGUCUCAGCCUGCCCUGGACUAGGCAGUUGGAGGACAGAGAAAGGGUAGGGCUGCCGGCUCUGUCAGCAGUUAUGCUCUGAGCCCCUCACCAGUGGCAUGCUCCGUUGUCUGAUUUCUAUCCUGUACGGGACUAGUUUGUGGCCCUCCUCAGCCGUCCCCCAAAACGUGUUUACAGGUUGAGGGAAGAACAUAAGGCAUGUAGGCUGGACCUUGGCAUUUCCACGAGGCGCCCCUUCUUUUCCAAGGACAAGGUGAAAUUGUUCUGUAGAAGGUGAAGGCCACUUGGUAAGAAGGAAAAACUAACCCGCUGCUGUGAGGGUCUCAAGAAGCCCAGCCCUUCCUCCUCUCGUGCCACACACACAGGCUGUGCAGGACUGUGGUUCUCUCCUCCCCUUGUAGGGGAGAACCUUAUUUUUGGGGAUAAGAACCUUAUUCUUAUUUGUGGGGAUAAGAUUGGCCUGUGCUUCUUUGGCCUACCUCUCCCUUGUGCUGAGUUAAUUUCAUCCUGUUUCCUCAGAUGUUUAAGGCUGUUGUUAGUUUGUGUGAAACUGAGGCGAGGGAGGGAGGGCUGGAGAGGUGGGGGGGAGAGAGAGUGUGACUGUGUGUGUGUGUGUGUGUCUUGUGUUUGAGAGUGACCCCACUUCCUUUCUCUCGGUGCUCUCCUUUGCCGUGGCCUUGAGGCCACAAUGCUUUAAAAUCUCCGGGAAUGAUUAUUUCUACCUUGGAGAUUUUCUUGUUUUGAAAUCUUGCCUGAUGAACCUGCCCAAUCAGAGUGUCCUGGCCUUGACUUCUGUCCUGGACACCAAGGUCAGCAUUUGGGAAUAGCCAAGGCCACUCUGCUUGGGGUCUCCACUGGGCGCUGACCACACUGUUCGGCUGGGGUUUGUUUACAGUUAUUUUCAUUCCCAUUCCUGUCCCCACUCACACAGAAGAAACUUAAAAAUGUUGGCACUUUGGAGAAUAAGAAUACCGGUCAAAAAGGAGAAAGCACAAAGCUACCUGGGAAAUCUCUGCCAGUGUUUCUGUGAAAUCUGAACAAGCCAUCAGCGCUUCUUCUGCCUGCUCUUUCACUAUGAGUGGGCACUGCAGAGGCAGGGUAGCUCUGGCUAAAGUGCUUCCUCAAAGCUACACUCAGAAGAGGAGGCUAGGAGUGCUCCCGUGCGUUUACCCAGCACAGGGGAAGCUGCCACUUCAGGACUUGAUGGUGACACCUGCGUCUUGUAGAAGAGGCUGGACGUGGUCAGCCAGCACGAGUUCUCACUCUGGAUUUUGUCUGUGCUGUCACCUAUGCCCCCUCCUCCAGACAUACAUAGAGGUCUGUCCUCUAAGGGUCUUUGCUCUAAGAAUGGUGUCCACCUAGAUUCUUAGGUGACAUGGCACCCAUUUUCUGGGAGAGUUCAGUGGCAGGUGGCACCUGGCCUGCCAAGGGCCACAGCCUCUCUUGGGUGUGGUGGCCGCUGUGUCACUGGGUCACCUGGCCUCAGGGCUCAGCUGCUCUCGCUCGGUAGCUCUUGUCUUCCUUCCACAGUGUCAGAAAUCCCUUUGUCUGCCCUAACCUGGCUCCGCAAGGGUCUCUGUCCCACUUAGGGCCUCGUAAGAGAAGCUGGGUGUGUGCGCCUCUCACUUUUCUUUCCUGGGAGAUAGACAUGACCUCUUUCUAGAUAAAUAGAUAGCCCACCAUUGUGUCUGGAACUUGUUUUUUCAGUGUCAUCUUGUGGUCUUGUUGGCAAGGUGUAUGGACAGUGAUACAGGAACAGUCCGCUGGAGUGCCCGUGUUUCAGGGAAGUACAGCUUUGGGCUUAGCCCUUGGUGUCUUGUGUUUCAGAGGCCCCGUCCUGGUCUGCAAGUGUGAGAGGGAAGUGGCAGUUAUGUUGCCGUGGAGAGUCUGAAGGCGCAGUGUGUGUGGGAAAUGUGUCCCUUUAGCACACACCUCAGCCAGGAUCUACUCCACAGGUCCUGUGAUCUUAAGGACAGCUGGUGGGAGACACCAGCAGUGUUGGAGAAACCUUAGGAAACAGCCCCCACCCGUGUUGCUUCAAAUACGGGCAAGAGCAGGUCAAGCUCCCAGCUCUUCUGAGGAAUGGGCCUCUGUUCACUAGGCAGGACUGUCUGCUUGUCAGAGCUUGCAAGAGUCAACCUUCUGGAAAGAAAAGGGAACUUUCCACAGUGAAUGUUAACAUGUGUGUGCAUGCACACUUGCUCAAGCCUGUGUGUGUGCAUGCGUGUGUUUACUUGGUGGGAUUUUAUUUUUUGUAAAAUUCCUUUCCAGUUAUUUAGUAGAAUUCACCUACAUCUCCCUGUCAAACUCUGGUUCCACCGUUAUAACCCCAGGCAUAGUGAAUUUGGAACUCCGUUGAGAUUCCUGAACAGGAUCUGGCGUUCUUGAAAGCUGAGACUGUGGAAGGGCGGGACACUGAUUGUAUAUCUAUUUCCUAGUUUACAUCCAGCCGGUUAAAAGGUCUCAUGGCCUCAGCUAGGCUAUGUCCCUCUUGGGGGAGCCCAGCACCCCUCCCCUAGGCAUCUUGUCACCUGACUUCACCCCAUGAAGGGCAAGCAGGCUUAUUUGCUUGCUCUGUAGCGCCCCAGCGUGUCCUCCUUCAAGUUCUUCAAUUUCAGCUUCUGUGCACAGGCCCGUAUGUUGUGUGCUUUGGUGAUGGUAUAGGGCUCCUCUGAGGAGGCAGCUACACCUGGGGUGGAGGGUUUCAUUGACCCCAGAGAUCCUUGGGGCUGCUCACCUGAGCCUGGUCCUCUUGAAGCCUGCUGUUGAUGAGCACGUUUCCACCAGCUGUACCCAACACUACAAUGCAUUUUUAAAACUAUAUUUGCAUCUAAGACAAUAAAAUCUUAUUUUUUUUGGAAA